AUGGACAAAAAUUUACUGUUCGACAAAUAUUUGCGGAAAAUCGACUACACAUUUCGUAGGAGUGGUUUGUAUCUUAGAAACCGUGAAAACUAUAAUGUGACCAAGGCAAGACUCUUGUAUUGCUUUAACUUUAUUUUGGUGAACCUAGACGUUGCAGGGAGUAUGGUUUGGAUUGCAAAGGGUGAAGCAUUCGAAGAUGGACUGGUUUCUGUCACUCAUACAGCACCUAGCGCGAUUCUGGCCCUGUUAUGUGACUUCAAGUCAUUAUCGUUUAUGUGGUAUCAUGACUACGUAGACAAAUUGGUCUUUAAAUUGAGAGAACUGGAAACCAAAAUGACUUUAAACAGUAUUGCCUAUGAAACAUGCGUCGAAGAACCAAUAAAAUUUUUAGAAUUUGCAUUAAAAGUAUCAGGUUUAUCCAACUGGCUUUUGAUACUUGCGUAUCCAUUAAUGCCGCUUUCUAUAUCGAUAUAUAAUUACUUGGUAUUAAAGAAAGUGGAAUUGGUGCUACCAUUUCUCAUCUCCUAUCCGUUUGAUGCGUAUGAUAUAAAAAUAUACCCGUUUGUACUGCUCAAUAAUUUUUACGCUGAGACGAUGGCAAUAUUUUGGAUAUUCUCAUCUGAAUCUUUUUACUACACCUGCGCUACUUUUAUCAUAGUUCAGUUUAGGUUGUUACAACAAGAAUUACGACUAAUAACCCCUAAAAGGAGUGGCAACAAAAAUGGAAGACAGAACGAAGACAAAGAUUAUGAAACGAAAAUAAUGGAAUUGAUUAAUUGGCAUCAGGAACUUAUAGAGGCCGUGAAUAUAAUAGAGACAAUCUAUUCUAAAUCUACACUAUUCAACUUCAUGUCAAGUUCAGCUAUGAUUUGCCUCGUUGGAUUCAAUGUCACG